GAAGGUUAGCUUUGCACGCUUCAAGCUGUGUUAAAUAGUUUGUUUACGGCCGCUUUCCGAGAGUUGUAAAGUAUUCAUUUAGAUUUUUUUCUCGAAUCGUGUACCUAUUCCAGGUUUAUUAUCAAAUCGACAGUGGAUUUCUGUGAAAUUAAGUAACAAUGUCUAUCGGUGUACCAAUAAAAGUACUCCACGAAGCUGAAGGACAUAUCGUUACGUGCGAAACGAUUACCGGUGAAGUAUACCGCGGCAAGUUGAUAGAAGCUGAAGACAAUAUGAACUGCCAAAUGACGCAGCUAACAGUAACAUACCGCGAUGGAAGAACCGCAAAUUUGGAGAAUGUUUAUAUUCGUGGAUCCAAAAUUCGUUUCCUGAUACUUCCUGAUAUGUUGAAAAAUGCGCCAAUGUUUAAAAAACAAGGCACUAAAACAGGAACAGCAGGGAGAGGGAAGUCUGCCAUUUUACGUGCGCAAGCGGCCAGAGGUCGUGGUCGUGGUGGUGGUGGAGCAGGAAAUGCCGGUGGUACAGGAAACCGACCUCCAGGGAAAAGUAAUUGGCAAGGACAAGGGCCCUCAGGUGGCAGAGGAAGAGGAGGGUUAUAAUUAGAAUAUUUAAUUUAUAUCAUCAAAAAAUCGGAAUGAUUUGCAUUAAAAAUAAAUUUAUCUUACUCUACCAAA